ACAACGCACCUUCCACUGCUGAUACGAUGUUUGGAUGUUUGGUUGGUGAUGAUGGUGGAAUGGGAACAAGGGUUAAAGCAUGUUAAAAAAUUGCCCUUGAAAUAAAACCGCUGUUGAUUAUGAACGAUCACACAUUUUUACAAUUGAAAUGUUUAGUUGUAAAAGUAGAUUGAUGAGAUGGAGUGACAUGUCUUCUCUCACAAUGAUGCCAUGUGGCACAUUAAACUGAACAGUUACCUUUAAUAAGUACAAUUAAUAGAGUAUUAAAAAUGAUGGAAACAGCUCACUUUACCUCACCACCACCAAACAUGGGGUUGCCUCCUCCAAUGGGUGGAGGCGGAGGUGGUGGUCCGCCAAUGAUAUCAUUACCUCCACCAAACAUGGCUGUACCUCCUCCUAAUAUGCCUGGUCACCCUUCACACCAUUUCAAUCGUUACAACAGUGGAGGCCCACCUGCUGGCAUUCCUCAACAUGGCCCACGAGGUCAUCAACAAUUCUUCCAGCCUUUCCGACCAUAUCCAAGACCCACUUUAGACCCAGAGUUUGAUGGUAAAAGGCUCCGUAAGUCUGUCAUGAGGAAGACUGUAGAUUACAAUUCUGCUAUUAUUAAAUUAAUUGAGGCAAGAGUUUGGCAACGUGACUUUAGGGACAGAAGGGCUCUUCAACCCGAUGUGUUAUAUUAUCCUGACCUAUUACCACCCCGUAGUUAUGAGGACAACCCUAUGAAUGCUGUCACAACGAGAUUUGUGAAAACAGCUACCAACAAAAUGCGAUGUCCUGUGUUUUGUAUGGCAUGGACUCCAGAAGGGAGAAGACUAGUCACUGGUGCCUCAAGUGGAGAAUUCACUCUAUGGAAUGGGCUUACUUUUAAUUUUGAAACCAUCCUUCAGGCUCAUGACUCUCCCGUAAGAACAAUGGUGUGGUCUCAUAAUGAGCAGUGGAUGGUCACAGCGGAUCAUGCUGGUUAUGUCAAGUACUGGCAGUCCAACAUGAACAAUGUCAAGAUGUUCCAAGGGCAUAAGGAGGCUGUUCGUGGCAUAAGCUUCAGCCCAUCUGAUUCCAAGUUUGCUACAUGUUCAGAUGAUGGCACUAUUCGUGUGUGGGACUUCUUACGUUGUCAUGAAGAAAGAAUUUUACGUGGUCAUGGAGCUGAUGUUAAGUGUGUCGAUUGGCAUCCUCAGAAAGGCCUUAUAGUUUCUGGUAGCAAAGAUAAUCAGCAGCCUGUGAAAUUAUGGGAUCCCAAAACUGGCCAGUCCCUAGCCACUUUACACGCCCACAAAAGUACUGUUAUGGAUGUGAAGUGGAAUAGCAAUGGUAACUGGUUAGUUACUGCAUCAAGAGACCAUUUGUUAAAAUUAUUUGACAUCAGAAAUUUAGGGCAAGAGCUACAAACAUUCCGAGGACAUAAAAAGGAAUCCAGCAGUGUUGCGUGGCACCCAUAUCAUGAAGGCUUGUUUGCUAGUGGUGGUUCUGAUGGUGCUAUAUUGUUUUGGCAUGUUGGAGCGGAUAAAGAAGUUGGAGCCAUUGAACAAGCUCAUGACAGUAUAGUUUGGACACUGGCAUGGCACCCUCUGGGACAUAUUCUUUGUUCAGGCUCCAAUGACCACACCAGUAAAUUUUGGACUCGCAAUCGUCCAGGUGAUCAAAUGCGUGAUAAAUAUAAUCUAAACAAUAUGCCAGCUGGCUCUGGUGGUCUUGAAGAAAUGGAGCACGAUGAUUCUGCUGUUAUUCCUGGAAUGGGUCCAGAAGAUAAAGUGGACAACACCCAUGAUUCUCAUGAAUUAUCUGUGACGUCAUCUAGUAUUGAUGGAGGAGCUAUUCCUGGUCUUGACUUUGAUAUGGAUGACAAAAACUGUAAACAGCCACUUAUAAAGAAGGGUUACUCCGGAAUGCGAUGGAAUCCAGCUGCCAACAACACCAGACGUCCAAAGGUUCCCUAUUCAAAACCUAUUCCUAGAAACUUUCAAGCACAAUGGAAUGACACAGCUCGCCCUAAUAUGGAUGAUGAAAAUGGAGAUGAUGAUUUUAAUGGUGAAAACCGAGAAGCUGAUCAAGAUGCUAUUGCUAAGAUGAUCCAGCAAAUUGUUGAAAAAGUACCAGGGGUAGUUCCAGUUACAGAAUUAGAACCAACUGCCCUGUUUAUGUAUGGAAAAGUAUUACCAGUUACACCGGAUUCAGUCCUAGCUCGUACCAUAAAUAAUGGGGCUGAUGCAAUCUAUCGGCUCAUUAAUAGUGGUGCUGUGGAGGACUUGGUGAAUGAUAUCGCUCAUGAUGAGACAACUCAAUAUUUCCAUGAAGAUCCUUCAGUUGACCAUGAGCUAAGAUCUAUAAAAGCCUAUGAAUUACCCCGCAGACCUCCUCUUUUAUCCACUCCCAACAUACCCCCACAAAAAUUGCCCGACAGGAGAGGACGUGGUCGGAGAGACAGGGACCGAGGACGGCCCCGGGAUCACGAUGACGGGGAGGAGGAUUAUCGUGAUGGUCAGGACUAUGAUGACCAGGAAGAUGAUUACUAUGACGGUUAUGAAGAAGAUGACUCAGAUGCAAUUCAUCAGAGGUUUAUGAGUGAAGAGGAGGAAAUUUACAACCACAUGCUUGAGCAGGAAUCAAAUCAGGCUUAUGGAGAUCCAGAUUUAAGGAUGGUUGGAGGCCGAGAGACGAGGGACCAGGAUUUGAGAGGUAAAGGGAACGGUGAUCAAGACCUUCGUCAGGCUACGCCUGGCCCAAGCUUAUUGGGCAUACCUGGCGUUGCGCCGGGCGUGCUGGGCAGGAGUCCUUCUUCAGCGCCGUUUAUGAAGGAUCACGAUUUACGACGGCCGGGGCCGUUACUUGCGGACCGGGAUCCACGAGACCCCCGAGACCCACGUGACCCUCGCGACCCUCGCGACCCUCGCGAUUCGCGAGAUCCCCGCGAGUCUCGAGACCCCCGCGAGUCGCGAGACCCCCGUGACCCCAGACAGCAGCACAGCGCUGGCGCGGCUGCACUGGCAGGGGGCGCGGGCGAGGACAAUAUGGGCGAGGACCGCGACUACCGGCGGUCAGGGAGGCCGCCCCUGCUUGCCCACGGCCACGGUGCCAAGGGGCCGCAGGGUGGGCUGCUCGGCAACUUCCCCAACCAGAACGCUGGCCCGUUCGGCGCGGGUAAGGACGGCGACUACCGGCAGGGGGGCAGCGAGGACAGCGGCAGGCCGUCCGGUCCUAGCCGAGGCUACCGGAGCAAAGACGACUACGAGGAGGGCGAGGCUAUGGACGACCAGGACGAGGAGUCUCACUAUGGCCGCCCUGGUUCUGGACCCAGCCGCGGAGGCUUCGGCGGGGGCGGGGGCCACCGCUGGGGAGGACCUGGUGCGUCCGAGGCCGGCGAGGAGGACUUCGACGACUCUGGCUCCGGACCGAGUCCCGGCCGGUGGGGUGGCAGGGGCCGGGGGAUGCCUGCGCGUGGCAUGCGUGGUGGCGGCUGGGACAGCAAGCGGCCGCCGCACACUGCCUCGCCCGGCGGCCCAGGCGGUCCCGGGUCAGGACCUCCCCCUCGGGGUGGCCUCCUGGAGACGCCCAAGGGAGGCCUGCUGGCCACGCCGGCCAUGCCGCCCAUGCAGGACGACGACUUCCACGGACACCACGGUGGCAAGCGGCGCCACUGGGACGAGGAGGGUGACGGACAUGACGAAGGAGAGGACGGCGAGGGAGGCGGUGGGCACCGAGGUGGUUACCGGGGCCGCGGCCGGGGUGGCGGCGGCUGGGGAGGUGGCUACUCGUCCUCGCCCAGAGGGUCCUGGGGCUCCGGCUCUGGGGGGCCCAUGCGCGGCCGCGGCCGGGGCGGCAGGCCCGGCGGACCGCCCAGGGGCGGCAGAAGAGGGCGCGGCAGGAACUAACCAGACUGCAGCCUCUGCUCCAUUCCCAGAUCGACUGUUCUUCGAUCAUCACCAACAAUUCUUCCUACACCUGCAUUUGAUUCGCACUAAGGCGCUUCGAACCCAUUCCAGUCGUGAUACUGGUCAGUGCUCAGUGACGAUUGUGUGAUUUUAUUUAAAAGAAAAAAUAAUAGCCCAGCACCGUUUGUGUCAGGGUGACGUGAAAUCAUUUUUUUUUUCUGUUUCUCAUGGUGGCUUUUAAUCUGUGGACAUAUAUAAUGUGCAAUCAAGAUAUGGGGGAAUCACCAAAAGUUCAGCUAACUUGUGUAGUUUUAGUUCAAUUAAAAAGAAACUGUAUCGUAUUUGUGAAAUAAGUGUUACAAAAGAGAGAGGAAGUGAAAACUAAUUGUUAUUUUGUCAGGGUUUGGCUUUAUUUUUCUAGCCAUUUGCCCACUUUUGUGACUGUUUUCUCUUUCUAUGUCCUAUAAGAAUUAAUUUUACUAUUUGCAAUUAUGUGAUUGGGUAAUUCACUGAAGAUGAGUGUGCUAUUCUUUUGAGGUAUUGUAAAUGCUCAACAGAAUCAAACCUGUUUGUUGGCAUACGAUAGAUGCAUGUGUACAUGAAAUUGAGGCGUCUUUGUUCCGUUAUCGUUAAAUGUCCUUCAUUCAGAGACAUUAAAGUCAAAGUGGAUAAGAAAAGAAAACAUACGAAAA